GCGCCGCUCCCACCACAGGAUGGGCGUUCGAUUUGCCAGGGAGGAAAGAAGGAUGAGAAAAUGGAGGAAGAUGGUAUGUGUUUGUGGUAGUGACUGGAAGCACUGGGUUAGAAGGAACCCAUGUGGUUAUAAGGCGAAUAAGGAAAGAGUUCCUGAUUGUCUUAGACGAUUUGUUUCUUUGAUUUCAGGCAGCCGAGACCGCUCGCUAAUGAACCCUGGGGUUUAUGAGGCACUGGUGAUAUAUGAGACAUUGGCCUCUGAAUUGGAAAUUAUUCGGGACAUAUCACGGACAUUUCCAUCUCAUAUUUUCUUCCAACAAAGGCAUGGUCCGGGUCAAAGAUCCUUGUAUAACAUUUUGAAAGCAUAUUCUGUCUAUGGUAGGGAUGUUGGAUAUGUGCAGGGAAUGGGAUUUUUAGCUGGGCUGCUGCUUCUUUAUAUCAAUGAGGGCAUUCACGUGCCAAUGGAAGGCUUGUAUCGGGCUGGUUUGCCACUUUCGCAGUAUCUGUCUCAGUUUGAGAAAUUAGUUAUGGAGCACAUGCCAAAAUUGGGACAACACUUUGUUGAAGAAAUGAUAACCCCAAGCAUGUAUGCAAGGCAAUGGUUUAUCACAGUUUUCGCAUAUUCCUUCCUGUUUCACCUAACUCUUAGAGUUUGGGAUGUCUUUCUUUAUGAGGGUAUUAAGGUAGUUUUCCAAUUUGUAUUGGCUCUACUGAGAUUCUGUCAUGAUGGUUUGCUCCUACAGGCCUUGAGAAAUUCCCCGAGGAGUCGACUGAUCCAGAUGUUUUAUUGCCAAUUUCCUUUACAUUUAAGGUCAUCAGGUGUCCUCCAGUCGUCUUGAAAAGCUUCAGAAGGAAUAUCAGAAGGGACUCGAGGGCAGCAGUGAAUCUUCAAGUAGCAAGCAGCAUCAGCUUUCAUAUCGAAGACGAUGAGCAGGGUGGGUAGCCGCGUCAUAUCUAACUUUAACUGUUGACCGAAAAUAACAGACAUGAUCUCUUGUUGUAAAACAAGCCACACCUUGUUGUAACUUGUAUGUCUAUUGUACAGAAAGAAUGGCCUUCAUUCAUUCAUCCUUUUGCUGCUCUGUUUAUUAGUUACUGUUACAAUGCUUUCGUAAACUGAAGAUGUAUGACUGCUCCUCAAGCCAUGGGAGGCCCCGGGGCUUUUAUUGUUGCUCUCAGUGAUGGACAAGCGUACAUACAUGUGGAUGGAUAAAGCGGAGUGAUGCUUCGAUA